AUGUCUUACCAGGCUAACACCGACCAGCCCUCAAAGGCCACCGGCCAGUACCACUCGCUCAAAGGCACCGUCGUCGAGACCAUCGGCGACCUCACCGGCGCCCAGUCCUGGACCCACUCGGGCAGGGAGGAGCACGCCCAGGGCGAGGCCGAGUACAACGCCGCCCAGGCCAAGGGCUACGUAGAGGGCGCCGCCGACCGCCUCGCGGGCAAGAAGGACGCCGUCGUCGGCGCCCUCACCGGCGACCGCCAGCAGGAGACUGCUGGCAACCUCCGCCACGAUAAGGGACAGGCCCAGCAGGAGCUCAACAAGCCUAGUGCUUAA